AUGCUAAUGUCGCACCCGAUUCACAGCUAUCAGCACCAGGCCAUGUACAAAACAACAGUUGGCAAUGGCAGCCGCUACGUUCCGUUAGAUGCGGACAAUUUGGCGCGCCGCCUGCUGGUGCUGACCAACUUCUACCUGAAUGCGCACGACGAGUCGCCGCUGGACGUCGCCGAAUUGGGCCAGCUCCACUGGCUGCUCGAUAGCUACUAUAAUGGCAGCGGGUACUCGGUGCACGAUAUACUGAGAGACUUGUCGCCCGACUGCGGCGACCUGGUGCCGCGCGGACUCAUCUAUGGUGCGCCCGUCAACACAAGUCAACUGUUUCUCAAGCGGUCAACAACGGCGAGUGUGUGCUGCAUAUUUAACUACAGACGACCCAGCUAUUCACACGCUCGGCGCGCUCAAGAUGAUGCUGAAAUGUCUGCACUGCCGCAGGUUGUCUUUGAAUCGAAUUCCAUACUUAAUGGCAUACAGUUUGUGUUGCAGGACAUAAAAGAGGAUGAUUUAACGGAAAGAUAUCUCAGCAACACGGCAUUUCGGCUCAUGAUCUUCCCACAGGAAGAUUACGCUACAGUACAAUCCAAUAAACAUGGCGAACUGCUCGUCGAUCAUAAUACAAUUGUCGAAGUGCCCAUCCAACCCAAGUUUUUUGACUCCAGCAACGCGGUGCGCGGUGUAACGCCACAAACACGCCGCUGUUACUUUCCCGAGGAGGGCAGACAGCUGUUGAAUCAAUCCUACUACUCUUUGGACGAGUGCAUGCUGCUGUGUCGCAUUGAGAGCAUGGUGCAGCAUUGCGGUUGCGUCUCCUCGCCCAUGGCCGGAACAGCGCGCAAUGUGAGCUACUGCACGCUUCUGGAUUUGCCGUGCCUGAUGAAAUGGCGUAACAUUUGGCAUGGCUACAAUGAGUAUCCGUACGUGCAGGAGGAUGCCGCCAGCAUAUCGCAAUGCCUCCACUGCCUGCCCACCUGCGACGGCGUCAACUUUGAGAUCAUCAGCAAUGUGGCGCCGUUGCGCAAGAGCUACAAUUCAUCGGGUUAUAAUCGUGGUCUACUCAAGGGCCUGAACAACGAUCGUCCUUUGUCCAUUAUUAAAUUGUUCUUCAAGCUGCGUUUUGCGCAGGCCACACAAAUGGAUAUGGUUGGCGAUUGGGUUGUGCUGCUCAAUCGCUUUGGUGGCAUUUUAUCGCUGAUGUAUGGCUUCAGCAUUAUCAGUUAUAUUGAAAUUCUUUAUUAUCUAACAGGCAAAUGGUUUGUCUUCUACUACAGGGCAUACAAUAGUUCCAAGGAGAGCAGCAGCAAAGUCAAUGAACUGAAUAAGUCAAUCAACUGGAACGAGUUGAUGCCCCACGGCAUGGAGUGGUUUUGGCGUCAGGAAUUACAACAGCAGCCGCCAGAAAAAUAAUGAUAUUGUUGAACAAUAUGUGUUCGCUUAUGUGAAUUGCUUAACACAAUUGCACAGUAUAUUGAAAUCGCUUUACGCUUACUCUCUCACACACAAAAAUUCAACAAUCGCAUGAACUUAUAGAAAUUAAACUGUAGUUAAUGUUAAUGUAA